AUGGCCUCAGCAGGGGCUGAGAGGCGACCAGGGCCCCAAGAAGGGUCGGCCGAGGGGCCCGCACAGCUCGUGGAGGCGACCAGUGGCUGCUCUCAGAGCUCCGAGAUGACCUGUCCAGUGAUGGCAAAUCAGUGCCUGGUGCCAGCCCAUGAGGCCUGUGGGAUCCAGGGUGAAGACAAGUGUCCAGUAGGACUAGUCGCAGAGACAGAGCUCCAGGAGGAACGACUCAAGCUGGAGGAAGAAAGGCUCAAGCCAGAGGUGGAGGCAGUGGAGGAGAGAAGCUCCAGGCCUGUGGCCUCCAUCGUGAGGUCCAGUCAUGGUCCAAAGAGGAAGCCAGUCAACCUCCUGUCCCACAGCCUCCCAGGACCUAGCCACCAAGCUCAUCCUAGGGCUGAAGCUGAGCUGCAACAGGGGCUGCUGCUGCAGAAGGAGGACCUGGAGAGUAGUCAGAGUGAGCCCUCACCGUCUGCCAAACAGCACAAAAAAGCCAAGAAGCGCAAGAGUCUGGGGGCCCCAGUGAUCCCAGCUGUGGUCAGCACAGUGUCUACACCCUCAGAGACCUUGGGGCUAGAGCGAAAGGCCCAGCGCCUACGGCCCCUGUACCAGUAUAUCAACUAUUGCAACCCUGAGCUGAACCAGGCAGGGGAGGAGAACAGGGAGGCUGAGGCCGAGGUGGAACCUGAGUGGGAGCUGACUCUGGUCCCUGAAGAGGCAGGUGUGGAGCAACUGUCGAAUUUGUUGCCUGUGGCAGGUGAGCUGGGUUCAGGCCUCACUUUGCCCAGCCCCAAUAUGUUUGUGCCCUCCACCCAUGCUAUGGUUCCACAGGGAGAGGAGGCUGGAGAGGAGCCUAGGGGUUUGUCCAGCUUGGGGAUCAGUGGGUGCCUCAAGGCUGAGGUGGAUAAGUCAACUCAGGUAGACAUUGACAAGAUGUUAAGUGUCUGUGCUGCCCCACUGGUACCCCCACUCUCUCCUCAGUACAAGUGACUGUCACACCCCACCAGUGUCUCCCCUCCUCCCAAACCUGAACCAGAGCAGGAGUCUAUGGGCUUAGGCCCUCAGGUGGAGGGAAUUUGGCUCCAGUCCCCACUUAGGACCUUGGACUUGCUGAAAAUAAACAUUUUUCCUUUUCUCAGACUUUGACUCCCCAAAUAAGUUGUCUGAAGAGGGAGAGGCUGGGAGGAAGAGUGGAGGAUUCUCCAGUGCAGGGUUUAAAGCUGGUUAUUUGGCUUGCCCAGAAACUUGACAAAAAUAUAAAUUCCUGGGCAUUACCUCAGAUCUAACUGAAUCAAUCUGCAGGGGUGGAGCCUGGUUCCGUGCAUUUAGAAGCUCCACAGAUGAACCUGAAGUUCAGACAAGAUAACAGUGGGGACAGAGAGGGAGGUGAUGAGGAAUUUGGGACAGAGAAAGGAACACUCUCAGGUCAUGGGAUGCAGGUGCUUGGCCUUGCUCCCUGUGUUUCAGGGAAGAGGUCUGCAUUUGUCUAACUUCAAGGGGAUCAACUUGAAGUCACUUGGGAUCCCCACCUCUGAGGUGGCAGAGUUCAUUUGCCUGCCCCAUGGGCAACCUUGGGAUGCUUUCCACUUAUUGUUAGACCACAGCUGGACCAAAAUUUGCUCCUAGAGUGGCCCCUGGUGACAGAGGCAUUGGUGCCUUUUUCCUGGCAGGCAGGGGGUGGUGGUGGAGGUGGAUGGUUUCCCUGGAGCCCUGUGGCCAAGCCACCAGAUGAAUGCUGCUUCUCACCCUCAGGGGUUUCUGGGAAGGGGUGGCCAGUGCUGGCCAUUUUGGAAAACUUCAUAUCCUGCUGACUCCUGGAUCUCUUGCAUAACCCUCAGAUACCUCAAACACAGAGAAUUUCAAAUUAAAUGAAUAAUUUCUCCUCCCUCCAACCUGCUUUUCCUCUUGUAUCUCAUCUGCACAAUUUUUCAAGCCAAAAUCCUGGGUGUCACCCCAGACCCCACUCUGUUCUUUGCUUGUUGACUCCUGCAAGCUAAAUGGGCAUCAAAGCCGGUGACCCUGCUACACACAAACCCAAACCCCUGAUGGUGUUGCUGCCCCUCUAACCCCAGCACCUUAUAACUUCUCAGUGGUUUCCUGUCAUUCCCUGAGCAGUCACACCUUUUCUUACCUUCACUCUCUGCAUGUGGGGCUUCCCCUGCCUAAAAUGCCUUUUUCCCUUCACUCCUUCACCUGGCUAGUGUACACAAACCCUGGAAAACUCGGGUGGUACCUUGCUUCCUGCGGAGCCAGACGACACUGGGUUGCCCUGCGUUGUAGCAUCCACAUACUACUGUCCUUGUGGGUCAUAACUGUCUUCAGGACUAGACUGUGAACUCCCCAAGGGCCUGUGUCAUUGCAUCAUAUCCACCUAGCAGAGGACCCCAAUAAAAGAUAUCAAGAUAAGAUCAGGUGGAGGAUGUGGUUCCAUAGUGUAGUGGUUAGCAUGUCUGCUUUACACGCAGAAAGUCCUGGGUUCGCACCCCAGUGGA